UGUUUCCGUUUAGUUUGCUCUCUUUCCUGAUAUCGUUACUAUAUACAAAAUUACAAAAAUGUAUCCAAGUGGUGUCAAGAAAAUAUUUAGGACUUUUGGCCGUUAUAUAGAAACGAUACAACCAACGUUCCCCUUGCUACUUCGCACCCCGUUUGUCAUCUUUGACAAAGUGUGUGAAUUAUGCUUCCGUCCUACUAAUCAACUUACCGCUGCUGAAGAUACAAGCACUGGUAUAAAUUUGUCUACUAGUGACGAUGAUACUGCGGGCAAUAACGUGACCGAUGACGACACUCCUGGGCCAAGUUCAAGGCAUGUGGUUCAAAGUCACAUCAUACCCGAAGGAUCAAUGUGUUCCACAGCAUCAUCAGGAUCCUCGGUUUCCACAACCCAAUUCCAACGAAAGAUGAAGAUAGCUCACCGUGCAUUGUAUCUAUGGCGGGCAAUGCGGAAUGAUAGGGUGUUUGCAAAUUCGGUGUGGCGACAAAUGGACAAACUGGAAAAAUUGCCAUAUAUAUGGGCCUCAAUGGCAAAUCAGAAGUUGAGCGUCAAGCCUUUUGAUAAUUUUAAGUAUAGCAUCGCCGGUGGUAAAAAAUUGACAAAGCGCAGAAUCAAUAAAUUGAAACACGUAUUCUACAAAAAGUUAGGAGAUGAACAGCGUAUGCCUUUUGUCAUGGAAGCGGUAAUUGCUAAGCUAAUGUUAGGAGAAAUAAACUUAAACAAUAGAAGUGAGGUGAUUUCAAUAUUUAAUAAGCUUCUUAAUUUUGGUAAAGGUUCUGGACGUAUGCAUAAAGGAGGAAUGAAAGGACAGCAGGGCAUGUGAGACAAAAAUAAGAAGA